CUUUGCGAAUCCGGUGUCCACUCUUCGUCGCUCCGCAGCGCCCUCAACACGUUGGACUCUUCGUCACGCCCAGGUUCUGCACGCGGUUCGGUGAUCUCGCAGGCUGUAGGUUCAUCAGAGUGUAGUUGAGGUGACACAUUCCCCCGAAUUUCUCGUAACUUUCUGGGUAAUCUUACGAAAAUAGAUAAUUUAAAAGCAAGGUUAGCUACAAAGAGGGAACUUUGGAAAAAGGACAGGUGGAAGCGACCGAAUCAUCACUUUUAUCACAGAAAAUCUUCUCUGGUGGCUGAAGGAUGGCUGUGCUGGCGGUUGCGCUAGCCCUGCUGCCUCUAGCGGCUGCGGAACUAUGUCCCGAGCAGGAACACCCUCGCUUCGAGUGGCUGGACUACGUGGUGCUCGCCGCCAUGCUCGUCGUCUCCUGCUGCAUCGGCUUCUUCUACGCGCUGUUCGGCAGCAAGCCUGAGACUUCAGCUGACUUUCUUCUCGGAGGCAGUGACAUGGGUACCAUCCCAAUGGCCAUGUCUCUAGCAGCAGGGUUUAUCACAGCCAUUGAGCUGUUAGGAAACCCGUCUGAGAUGUACACAUAUGGCACACAAUUUUGGAUGACAUGUGUUGCGUUCUUGGUAGUAGUUCCUAUAACCUCGUACUUGUACCUGCCUGUCUAUAUGAAGCUGCGGUUGACAUCCUGUUAUGAGUAUUUGGAGCUGAGGUUUAACAAGAAAAUAAGGGUUAUAGCUGCAGGACUCUAUGUAUUACAAAUGGUGCUAUAUACUUCAGUAGCUGUAUAUGCUCCAGCCCUAGCACUCAGCCAUGUUACUGGAUUAAACACCUAUAUUGCGGUCACUCUGGUGUAUGUUGUCUGCAUUUUUUAUGCUUCUCAGGGGGGGAUGAAAGCUGUUAUAAUGACAGACACUUUCCAAGCUGCAGUUCUAAUCCUGUCCAUAGUAGUCAUCAUCAUACUGGGCCAGGGGUUGGUCGGAGGAUUCAGCCAUCUUGUCAACGUCAACUAUGAGUCCGGCAGAAUUGAAAUAUUUCAACUGAACCCGAAUCCAACAGUGCGACACAGUGUGUGGUCUGUGGUGAUUGGAGGCACUGUAUAUUGGACCACAAUGUUCUGCUCCAAUCAGGCAUCCAUCCAGAAAUAUCUCUCAGUUGAAUCCAUCUCGCAAGCUAGGAAGGCUUUGUGGGUGAGCAGUAUCUCACUGAUAGUAGUGUUCAGUAUCAACUUCUACACUGGCAUGAUCAUGUACGCAGAAUACAAAGACUGUGAUCCACUUUCAAAUAGGGUGAUUUCUGCGUCUGACCAGCUACUGCCAUUGUUUGUUAUGAACACUCUAGGACACCUACAGGGUAUCCCGGGCUUGUUUGUUGCUGGAAUAUUUGCUGCAUCAUUAGGGACAGUUGCAUCAGCUGUUAACUCCCUGGCUGCUGUCACUAUCCAAGAUUUCCUGCACGGUGUAUUUGACUACAAGCCUGAGGAAAACAAGGGUGCCUCACUCUCCAAGUGGAUAUCAGCUGGUUUUGGUGUCCUCAGCUUCCUGCUUGUCUUCGUGGUGGAGCAGCUUGGCAGUCUACUACAGGUAGCAUUGAGCUUCAAUGGAAUGGCUGGAGGAAUAAUGCUGGGCCUGUUCUCUUUGGGAAUGUUCUUCCCCUGGGCCAACUCAAGGGGGGCACUGGUGGGCUCCUCGGUUGCUAUGGCUCUGGUGGUGUGGAUAGGUGUCGGCACUCAGAUCGCCCAAACAAGAGGUUUUAUGUCAGCUGAACCCAAGCCAACAUCACUAGAGAGCUGUAACUGCAGCAUUAACUACACACUUCCUUCCCCAUCAUUCAGUUCUGAUGAAGUGUUUGUGCUGUAUCAGAUUAGCUACCUGUGGUACUCUGUGAUUGGCCUAGUAGUGACGCUGGUGCUGGGACUGGGUACCAGUCUAGUGUACCAACCUCAAGAUCCAUGCCGCCUCCAUCCUGAUCUCAUCUCUCCCCCUGUCCUGGCUUUGCUCCAGAGCCUACCCAACUCUAUAAAGGAAUCUGUCGGCCUACCAGUUCAGUCAAAAGAAGCACCAGAAGGCACACUGAACUCCAAGAAAAAACAAACAGAAAUGAAAGGAAUACCUAAUCCGGGACUGGUCAUGGACAAUGAAACGGUUUGAUUGCUCCAUGGAACCAAGCGUAUUUUAAACACUAACAACAGGAUAUAUUAAUAGUACAAAGCCUAUAGUAUAGUACAUAGCCUAGUAUAGUAAUGCAAUAGUACGAAGCAACAGUAUUACUCAGUCUCUGAAUGUGCCCUUAUCAUUUUAUACAUUUGAUAAACCAAAAACUGUGAUAAGUAAUAGUUUUCACUGUCGUGUAGUGAGUUAUAUAUAGUGUGUUAGUAUUUAGUGCUCAGUUACUUUAAGUUGUAGUUGUACUCUACGUGUUUGUAAAACAAAUUCGCUAUGAGUUAAAAGCAGUACUGUAAAUGUGUGAAGUAGGUUGUAUAAAGAUUUUCUUCUGCUGUCGAUAUAUGUAAUAUGAAUGAUAUGCUGUAUAUCGGAACUAAAUACGUCAUAUUUGUAUGUAAUUUUAGUUAAGAAAGAUGGUAGUCACUGUUCAUGUAGAAGUAACUAAAUCUUUUCUCAAUAAGUACCUACUUUAAGCACAUGUCCUCCCUGAGAGUUCAUUACCAAGUAGUGAAGUUGAUCUAAAUUUUGCGAUUAACUAUUUUGAAAUGUUCCCACCAUCUUUCUAAGUCAAAAUCAAAAUUUCUACUGUCAUUUUUAUUGUUUUCUAAGAUUGCUUUUCAUUAAUUUUUUUUUUGUAGACUCUUCCAAUAAAUAGAUUACUUUGUCUAUCACAUUUUGUUAGUCAUUUGUAAAUUUAAUAAUAUUUAUGAGAAGGUCAAAACAUUUUAAUCACUGAUUUUCAAUUUUCAUUCCUGAAAUUUAAGGGAUAAAGUAUUUGAAUAUCAGGACUUCAUAUUUCAUAAUCAAUAGAGACAAAAAUGUACUGCACGUACUUUUUAAGUACUUUGCGUCCCAAAAAUGUUCUCUUGUUGUAUUAUUUUAAUUUUUAACAACUUGUUAAACCUUUUGUAACAUCAAUGUAGGAAUGUACAGUAUGUAAAAUAAAUAGAUUUUUGUAACAUUUGUUUAAAAGAAAAGCCACUCUCCAAACCCAUUCCACAGAUUCAAUUUACUGCACUAGGUUGCAUGCAGUAAUGGUUUUCCAUUAUUUUAUAUGUCUUCAAGUUUUUUAGACUUUUCAGUGCAAAAAUUAAAGUAGCUGGUGGUAAAAUUGUUAUGAUAUUACAAUUAAUUUUAUUACAAUGCUCUUCAUUUAACAAUAUUUAUUUUGGAAACAAGUAAUUAAUAGUAAUUUAAUAUACUUUAUACUAGGAGUUAUUAAACUUUAAAACUUAAAUUGAUUAAUAACGCUAUUUACUAAUUUUACUUAAGGCAUUUUUAGGCAGUUAGUUUAAAGUAAUAAAAGAAACACCAAACAGAUCAUAAUGUAUUACUGUAUUUCUGAUAACUAUUCUUCUGUAUCACAAUAGUAACAGAAACAGUAAUACUCCAACAAAUACAAUAUUCGGGUCACUAUUUGGAGGAGGAGAAGAAUGUUGGUUGCAAAAUAUUGUAUAAAUUUAAUUCUAAUAAAUUAGAAAGUCUCGGAUCAGAGAAAAUAAACAUUACUUUAAUAUACUAUACAAUAUUGCUUUUGAGUGCUGUAAGUUUUCAUUAAUUGUUCCAGAAUAUAAGGGAGUGGGCUAGGAACCACUCAAUUAACCACCUAGUUCUGUUUUUCAAGUCAGUUAUUCAGAGAUUUGUGUUUCAUUCUUUAUAAAUUUAAAUAGUAGUUCAUAUUGCAGUAUGUUUUAAUAUAAUAGAUCAAUUUUAAUUUACUGGAUGUAAUAAGUUAUUUAAAAAAAGUAAUUUCUACAGUCAACACAUACACGAGCUGUGCUCCUAUUAUUUAUACAUACUGACUUUGGGCAGCUGAAUCUUGUAUUUCAUUGUUCUACUUUUGCAUAGAGCACUGUGGUAUAACAGUUUAGAAAAACAUCAAAAUAAAAUAUGUCAUUUUGUAGAAAUGUCUAAAUUUCCAACUUUUUCUGUAAAUAAUUAAUUAACUUGUUUUAUAAAGUGAUGAUUACUUCAUAAGAAGAAACUUCUGAUGUAAUCAAAUUUUCAAAGUUCUGUCAUGUUUAUAGACUUCAUCUGUGAUAUUUAUCUUAUAGACUUUAAUAUAUUUGAAAUACUGUUAAUUUAUUUUAAAAGAACUUUAUACGUUAUUUUUUAUGAAAUUGACAAUUAAGUUUUAACUUAUACAAAUCAACCAACAAAUUUUAGUUUUCAAACUUUACAUUUUUCUAGGAUAAUCAAGUAGACCAGCAAACAAGUAGCUUGGGAAUCCCUCACAUUGUGCUGAUUCAUUAUAUUGAUUGUUUAUAUUUUAGUAUAAAUAUAUAUUUCAUUAUCUACAAAUUCAAUACAACAAAAUAUUUCUUUUAAUUAAUGAAGAAGACUAUAGGUGGUAAGUAAUUUAAAUGUUUUAAACAUAUUUUAUUUUGAACUAUCAUUAUUAUAUUAACCACAUACACUUUUUACUUUAGCAGAAAAAUUACUUAACUACAAUGUAAUCAAUCAUAAUUUUGUAAUGUAUUGUUACAAUACUCUGUGCUAUUAUCAAUUGUACAAAAAUAAAACUAUUCGUAAGGAGAAUAUGUAAAAGGUUCAGUUUUCCAAAUAAUAUUGUGCAUCUUUUGAAGAAUAAUAAGAAAAGAACCGAAACUCCCCUUCUGAUAAUAUUUUCAUAUCCUGGACAGAUAUUAGAAGAGGGACUGUUUCAUGAUUCUCUAUAUUUGUGUUUACUAGAUAUAUUUAUAACUAGUAACAAUACACAUACACUAUAAAUAAUGUAAUGGUCUUUACCUGUUUCUUGAUCCUUCAAUUAAUUUUUAAAUUUUAUAUAUUUUAUAUUAAAUGUGUUUCAUCUAAAUUCUA